AAAACACAAUUGUCUACCAUAAUUUCGGUUUGAAACCUAAUUUUUAAACUCAAACCAAAUAAAUAAAUAAAUAAAAGGGUGCCUGUUAACUGUUCAGAUAUUUUAUGUGACCCCAUUUUAUGUCCUUCUGUUCCCUAUAAAAUUCCCUCGGUUGAUUCAAAUAUCCACGACGGCUGCAUCUGCAAAGCUCUCAUUUUCGCUCUUCCCUCUUCUCGUUGCCAUGAAGCUUCAGCACGUCAUUCCAAAAUCAAGCCUUAUUCCCAUUUUCAUGACCUUAUCAAGCAGGCCUAACAUGCCUAAACUAGCAGCUCUGUGCACCAUGCCCAAUUUCUGUGCACCUACCACGCCAAGUGUUCGAGAAAAUGCCUCAACCAAGACCCCCACUGCUACCCUUCCCCCUGCUUCAGCCUACGUCCACCUCCCCUUUUGCCGAAAGCGUUGCCACUACUGCGACUUCCCCAUCGUCGCUUUGGGAUCUUCCUCCAGCCAAACCGACGACGACCCUCGAAUUCAGGACUAUGUAGAGUUGCUUUGUCGAGAAAUUAAUGCUACAAAGUCAGAAUUCCAAAUCGACCAGCCACUCGAAACCGUCUUCUUUGGAGGUGGGACCCCUUCUCUUGUGCCGCCAAGGCUUGUUUCGGUGAUUUUAGAUGUGUUGAGAUCGAAAUUUGGGUUGGCUAAGAAUGCUGAAAUCUCUAUGGAAAUGGACCCCGGCACUUUUGAUGCGAAGAAAAUGGAGAAUUUGAUGAAGUUGGAUGUGAAUAGAGUGUCUUUGGGUGUUCAGGCGUUUCAGGAAGAGUUACUCAAGGCUUGUGGAAGGGCUCAUGGAGUUGAUGAAGUUUAUGAUGCUAUCGAGAUUAUCAAGUCCUGUGGGCUUAAGAACUGGAGUAUGGAUCUCAUUUCUUCUCUACCUCACCAGACAGCUUCAAUGUGGGAAGAGAGCUUACGCCUUACUAUCAAAGCACGACCAACUCAUGUUUCAGUAUAUGAUUUACAAGUUGAAGAAGACACAAAAUUUGGGAUAUUGUACAAGCCAGGGGAAUUUCCAUUGCCUUCUGACACAGAUUCAGCUGGAUUCUACAGAAUGGCUUCCCAGGAACUUGCUGAGGGAGGUUAUAGCCAUUAUGAGAUCAGUAGUUACUGUAAGACUGGGUUCGAGUGUAAGCACAAUUCUACUUACUGGAAGAACAAUCCUUUCUAUGGUUUUGGCUUAGGGGCAGCUAGUUAUCUCGGCGGAAUGAGGUUCUCGAGGCCACGGAAGUUGAAGGAAUACACAAGUUAUGUACAGAAUUUAGAGAAGGGGCUGGUGGAUUGCUGUGGAAACAAUGAUGUUGAUGUCAAAGACAUGGCUAUGGAUGUUGUGAUGCUCUCUCUCAGAACUUCUUCGGGCCUUGAUUUGCAAUCGUUUGGAGAAGUAUAUGGUGGUCAUCUUGUCCAUUCUCUUUGCAGGGCCUAUCAACCUUACAUCAAAAGUGGCCAUGUGGUUUGCUUAGAUGAGCAGAGGAGAGCUCUAACAGUUGAUGAAUGUGAUGGCUUGCUAUUGAGCAAAGAUGACAAUCUUACAAGGCUGCGGCACGUUCGACUUAGUGAUCCAGAUGGGUUUUUAUUAUCAAAUGAAUUGAUCUCCCUUGCAUUUAGAGUCAUAUCUCCUUGAAGGUUAAAAUUCCAAUCUGCUUUGGUUGGACUUUCCUGAUACCAAAUCUUGUGUUCCAAUUCACAUUUCUGUUACCUCGUCUGUAAAGAAGACUAAAAGAAUGCCAAUUUUUUGAGACAAUAUAGGAUCAUGCAUCUGGCAAUGAGAAUCUUGCAGAUUAAUCCUAGAUGAAGUUCAAAUUACUGAGUUCGAAAUCAGUAUUCUGAUUAUAAAGUUGAGCUAAUCACAUACCAUAGAAAGGAUUGCUCUUCAUGGGAGUUGCGGCAAAGUGAAGCUCGAUGAGACAAUCAUGGAUGAAAAAACCACACAAUCCUGAAAACAAGACUGACCUAGCAUAGUCUUGAUGGAGGUAAAGAUUAAUCAGAAAAAGGGAAAGAGAUUUCCAUACUUUUAGGACCCCGUUCGGGUCUUGACUUUCAAUGUAAAUCCUGACUGCUGCAUUGCAAUUAGCACGGCUUGGAACAAACUCAUUUGGGAAAGAUGUGAUUAUUGAGAGGAAAAAAAAAGUUCAAUAUUUUUCAUAUACUAAAUUAAGUCUCAAAA